AUGGGAGCGCUGCUGUUCGUGUUUGCAGCCUUGCAUGCUCUCCGAGAUCCAGGAGCUCUGCGGUUUCAUGCAAGGAGUUCCCCGAUGAAGUUAAGAUUCGGUUUUUCGAAGCCUCGAAAAUCGGGUCGUGACACUAAGGCUGACGGUUUCCUUAUCUCCGAAGAUUUGGAUCAAACUACCAAUUCACUGGACUUGCAGGCUGACCGGAAAGCUUAUGGGAGCGCUGCUGUUCGUGUUUGCAGCCUUGCAUGCUCUCCGAGAUCCAGGAGCUCUGCGGUUUCAUGCAAGGAGUUCCCCGAUGAAGAGCAUGGUGGCGAUGGUAGUGAUCAUGAAUUCUCAAGCGAGUCAGCAUCGUCUCACGACUCGAGUUUUAAAAAUUUCGGUUCUAGCGUCUCUAAGGGAAUGAAUCGCCCAUCUUCUAAUGUGGAGUAUUAUGAUGUUGUUGUCAAACAGAAGAAUAAAUCAGAGAAAAUAGGGAAAUUUUGUAUGACAAAGAGGAAGAAAGAACCGAAUGAAGGUAACGCAGAUUUGAGAUCUUCAAAAUAUCAUAGGUCAUCUGUUCCUACAGAAACUACCCAUCCCCAAUUGAGUUCCUGUGCUUUAAAUGAGGAUGAAAAGAAGAGUAAAAGGCCUAGAAAAAUGGAGGAAGGAGAAUUAGAACGUGACCCUGAGGCUGAAAUUGCGCUUACAUCUGAACCUAAACCGAAUCUUGAACCCGAACUAGAUCCGAAAUUGAAAACGGGAAGUAAAGCUGAAUCGUUUCCUGAGAGGGAAGAUAAAUUGGUAGAAGAAAAGCAUUUUGAGUCUGAUAAUGGUCAGAGGGAGGUUGAAAGUGAGAAUCUAGACCAAGUUCAGAAAGGCAGUGUUGUAGUAGAGGCUGAGUUGUUGGAUAAGAGCAUGAAUGUGGCUAAAGAGAGAGAAGCUUGCAGUGAUGACGGUGGUUUAUCAGAAAGUCAGGAUGUAUCGAUUGAUUUAGAGAAUUGUACCAAGGAUGAACGUGAUGUUGUGGCAGACGAAGGCGACAAAUUGGAAGACAGUUUGGUUGGUGAAAGAGAACAAGGUAAUGGGAUGGAUGACAAGAACUCGUUGAAAUCUUCAGUUCAGUUGGAUGACAAGUGCAAGAAAAGCAAGGGCAUCGAUCAAGAAGUGAAGACCAAGAAUUUUGAUGUAUCACAUAAAGAGGUAGAAAAAGAAAUGUCAGAUGGAGAGACACUACUCAAAAUUUUAGGGUGGCAGAAACUUCAAAAAAAUAAAAAGAAACAGAAGAACGAGUGGAAGGACUGCUCAAGAAGAAGAAGAUGAUUUGGAUAAGAUUCUUGCUAAGCUAGGAGAGGGGCCUACUAUAUCAAAAUCAGCAGACCCUUCUCUUUCUUCACAAGAGGCCAAAGUUGAGCACCCACCUGACCUUGUAACUCUUCCUGAUGCAUCAGCUGAAAAGGAAGCUAAAGAAGAGAGCACAGAAAUGGCUACCGCUAAAAAGAAGAAAAAGCAUAGGAAAAAGGAAGAGAAAAAGAAAAGCUGCUAAAGAACCAACAAGAAGGCAAGCGGUUAACAGGGAAACAAAGUGAAGU